AUGUUCUCCACUUUUGUCGCUAUUUCCCCUAAUCGCUUUGACGACAGCAACAGCAACAACAGCAACAGCGAAACAAGGCUCACCAACGGCCCCUCCUCUUCCUCGUCCACCACCGCCUCCUCCGCCGCCUCCACUCCGGUUCCUCCCCGUUUGAAGCGCAACCAGGUCUCACGAGCUUGCGACUGGUGCCGUGUGCAUCGGAUCAAGUGUGACAAGAGCUUGCCCUGUCAGAACUGUCGCAAUCGAGGCGAAAACUGCAUCAAAAAGAGUGCGGCAGAAAUUCGCACUCUGCCACAUGCUGUGAGGUUAGAGAUUGAGCGACUGCGACAACGCGUUCAAGAACUCGAAGAGCAACUCGAGAAUGCUACCAAUACCAAUUCCAAGACCAAUCCGAACACCACCACCACCGCCGCCACCAAUUCUGUCUCCAGCGGCGACGAUCGCACGAUCCGAAAGCAAAGCCGACAAUCGGGAAUCAAGAAAGAAUGGGAUGGAAUCCAUACGCCCACUGCACACUCGUCACAAACCCAAUGGUAUGGGCCCUCGUCGGCCUUCUACUUUAUUGGGCGCAUGAGCGCAUACCUCAGCGCCGUCCUCGAACAACCUGAGGAGGAUCACAACAUGCAUCCUAGCUCCGCCAGUCGCCUCUUCACCAGUCCUACCUCGGCAAAACACGUUCCGGAGGAGCUGCCAGUGCCUGCCACAAUCGCCGAUGGGCCUGUGGGGUCGGAGACAUAUCUCAGUAGCAUCGAGGAAGAUUACUUUCUGAAUCUGUUCUGGCAUUCCUACCAUCCGACCUACCAGAUUCUUGAUGAAGCGGAGUUUCGGGAGCAUUAUAAAUCCCUCUGGGUCGAUUCGGCCACCACGCGCAAACCUUCUGCACUGGUCGAUAUAGUCCUCGCUCUGUGUAUGCAAUAUGGCGUCACCUUGACUCCAAACAGCAGCAGCCUUGAUCCCACCAUGACCGCGGACCCACCUGAUGGCCAUGUCGACAUAAACGACGCAAGUAUCGCGGGCCGAUGGUACUACCGUCGGUCGCAAGCACUACUCAGUUCGGAGCUGGAAAGUCCAUCCACCACCACUUUGCAAUGCCAUAUCUUUUCCGUCAUCUACUUGUGCAACGCUUCCUUUCAGAACAUGGCGCACACUACCCUGGCGCUCGCGGUGCGUACCGCUCAUAUUCUCGGUCUCCAUCUCGAACCGCGGGAAAACCUGCCACGUCCCCAGCGCGAGUUGCGCAAACGCAUCUGGUGGACGCUAUAUAUGAUCGAAAGCAAAACAUGCAUGAAGCUGGGCCGACCAUGCUCCCUGCAUGACAUGACGGCAACGUGCCAACUGCCCGCCGACGAUCAUGAGCUGGCUCGGCUGUCGGUGUCCAACAUCGCGGCUUAUGGCGACAAGGUAACGUGGUUGACGUACAGCCGCCUCGUCACAGAAUUAGUGCUAGCGGCACAGACAGUUUAUCUUGGAUUUUAUGAGAAACGGGCUAAAAUUCUGGGUGCUAAUGAUGCGAAGAGCCUGUAUACGGAUCAAUCGUCCCUGGAAGCGUUAGCGAAAUUUCUCAUUUCCCAGAUGGACAGUAUCCGGGAGUGGUUACGGAAUGUCCCUGACGGCAUGAAGACCAAACGCAAAGACGGUGGAGAGCCAUUCUCAACUGACCGAUCUGUCCUAGACCUGGAACGGUAUGCGCCCUUGUGGCUGCAGCGCCAACGGCUUCUCCUGGAGCUUCUCUACCACAACCUCUGUAUGAACAUCUACCGGCCCUUCAUCUGCUUCCCCUCCACGUCAGCCACUAGCGUCAAUAGCACACCCGUCGCCGAAGGACAUGCAGUCUCGUGUGUCAACCAUGCCAUCGCCAUCACACACAUCCUUCGCCAAAUACUACCCGCGACCGACUUCCUCAAAGGCUGGUACGAGGCCUUUCAAUGGCAGUGGAACUCAACUCUCUCCAUGGUUGGUUUCAUCCUUGCAUACCCCUCCAAUCCGCCCACUCCAACAGCCCGCGCGGCCAUCGACAGCGCCAUCACCGUCUUCGAGGUAUUUGGCCACAAUUUUGCGGUCGCGGGGAGUGCCGCCAAUGUGACUCGGGGACUCGCAGCCAAGGCAGACUUUCUCCACGGCCGAUUGGCUGCGGGUGUCGGAGCUGCAACCACACUGACUCCCCCGUUCUCGGACCAAAUGGAAGGAUUCUUAGGGUCGAUCGGGACAGAUGCGGCCGGCUAUUUGAUGCUGCCUGAUGAGCCCUCGGCCAUGUUUCAGAGCACACUGGCGGGAGCCAUGGGAUUAGCGUACAACGUUGAUUCGUUCUACAGUUUCGAGCCCUUGUAUGCAGGGUCGAAAAACUUGGCCGAUGCGUGGGAUUUCAGCUACGAAUGA